GCCCUCCGCAGUCCGGCACCAGCACCGUAGCCACUGGGCAGACGAGGAGAAGCUUCGCGGACGCCAUGUCCUCGCCGUCGCCGCUGUGCGCCGCCUCCUGCUCCACCGCUCUCCGCGCGCCGCCGCCUCUCCUUCGCUUCCGUCGCUCUUCCGCUCCGGUAUCCGCCUCCGUGGCGCGCGCGGCGCCCGCCGUCUCCGACGACCUCGUCCUCCGCAUCGCCGAGCAGCUCGAGGACUCGGUGACCUCCACCUCCCCGCUCCUCGACCCCCUCCGCUCCGCCUCCGCGCUCUCCCUCCUCUCCACGCCCUGGCCGACCCGCCGCUCCAGCGAGGCCUUCCGCUUCACUGACAUCUCCUAUCUCCGCUCCCUCCCCAUCUCCCUCCCCUCCCGGGAGCCCGACCUCGCGCUACCGUCCUCCCCUUUCUCUUCACACGUCCUCUUCUCGGAUGGAAUCCUCCUAUCCUCCUCUGGUGCCCAUGUCAGCACCCUCGCCGAUCUUCCCCCUGGCCGCGCCCGGGACCGCGCCGCCGCCGCGCUCGCCGCCUCCGCUGAAUUCGCCCACAAGGACCUCUUCUACGACUUCAACGCCGUUGGGGCGAGGGACGUCGUUGUUGUGCACGUGCCUGAGGGGGUCAAGAUGGCCGACGACCCAAUCCACAUCUUGUUCGCCUAUACCAAUAGCGGUGCUGGGAGUAUGCUGAUGUCCAAUCCAAGGGUUCUGGUCGUGGCCGAGAAGGCAGCAGAGGUGGCCAUAGUGGAGGAGCAUUUUGGGGCUGGAGAAGAAGGUGGUUGCUAUUGGGCCAAUCCAGUGGCAGAGAUUAUCAUCGACGAGGGCGCAAGAGUGGUUCAUUCAUACGUGCAACAGCAAUCAUUUGCUGCAGCACACACCAAAUGGACAGUCGUCAAGCAGGAUACAACUAGUAAAUAUGAGUUUGUUGAGGUCAGCACUGGAGCAAAAUUGAAUAGACACAAUCUCCACAUCGAGCAGUUAGGUCCUGAGACAGAGACAGAACUAUCAACACUUCACUUAACAUCUCAGAAUAAGCAGAUACAUGAUCUGCACAGCAGACUGAUACUUGAUCACCCUAGAGGUUUUUCACGACAGCUCCACAAAUGCAUUGCUUGUGGCACUGGAAAUAGCAUAUUUGAUGGGAAUAUUAAGGUCAACAGGUAUGCACAACAAACUGAUGCGGGACAAGAAACCAAGUGUCUUAUCCUAUCACCAAAGGCUCUUGUUAAUGUCAAACCGAACCUUCAGAUUAUUGCUGAUGAUGUGAAGUGUACUCAUGGUGCCGCCAUCAGUGGUGAGCUUGAUCCAAAUGAGCUCUUCUACUUCCAGGCGAGAGGUAUCAACACGGAAACUGCAACAGAUGCCCUGUUAUACUUCUUUGGAGCCCAUGUGAUAAAGCGCAUACCGUUUAAGCCCGUAAGUGAAAAGGCAUUAGUACAGUUCAAAGAGUUGCUUGCUUCAUCCAGACAAACAACGGACAAGCUUCAUUCGUGAUAUUGUUUCAGUUAGUUUGACACAUUUUGGUGAGAUGAGGAAAAUAGCUAAGGUUACAAGUAUUUAAACAAGGGGAGGCUCUAUAAGCACAUUUUCAAAUGCUGUAAGCAAUACUACUCUUGCUUGCAAAUGCAGUUUGUUUGCAACCGGCUUGUUCGUCUCUAGCAAGGGAAGAUGCUGUGGACAUCAGACUAGAUUAUUGUUAUUGCACAUGUUACAUUUAUACCUGAAGUCGAAACUGUAGUUGAAAAUUUUUCUGUAAAGAAAUACCACAAAGUGAUGCAGCUCAGUGGAACAAAUAAAGCUUUUUUUUAGAUUUUUUUUAAGUAAAGACAUGGCAGGUACUUAUUUUUUUGCCGA